AUGACAAACUCGCCUAGCUCAAAGUACCUUCAACAGGACCUAGAGCAACGUCAAAAUUUAACCCAAUCUAAGGAUGCCACGCCUGAAACUGGAGCCCUCAAUUUCGAUGAGAAUGGAGAGACUAUCGAGCGGAUUCGCACAGGUGGCAAGAACAAUGAGUACAUUUUUAUUGGGAGGCAAAAGUUCCUCCGCUCCGAUCUUUAUGAAGCUUUCGGAGGUACCUUAAACCCUGGUCUAGCUCCGGCCCCUACUCACAAGUUCGCCAAUCCAGCACCUCUUGGUCUUUCUGCCUUCGCUCUAACUACGUUCAUACUAUCAAUGUUCAACUGUAGUGUGCGCGGGAUCGGGGCGCCUAAUGUGGUCGUGAGUGUAGCCAUAUUUUACGGUGGUUUUGUGCAGCUUUGUGCGGGCAUGUGGGAGAUCGUCAUGGAAAACACUUUCGGUGCUGCGGCUCUCGGAUCCUUCGGAGGGUUCUGGCUUUCAUACGGAGCCAUUAAUAUCCCCUGGUUUGGGAUUCUAGACGCCUACGAUGGACGCCCAGACGAGCUCCGAAACGCACUUGGCAUAUACCUACUCGCGUGGUCGCUAUUUACGUUCAUGCUCACUAUGUGCACCGUCAAGUCUACAGCAGCGUUCUUCUCCAUGUUCUUAAUGCUUGCGGUAACGUUCUUAAUAUUAGCCAUUUCAGAAUUUACCGGCAGCGCUGCCUGCAAAAAGGCUGGCGGAGUCUUGGGAAUCAUCGUUGCCUUUAUGGCCUGGUACAACGCCUACGCGGGUAUAGCUACAAAAGAAAACUCCUACCUACUAGCACACCCAAUUUCUCUCCCAACCAACGACCGCAGCUGGUAA